AUGCUGAAGCCAAAAUUGAUCGAGACAGUCGUCAGCGUACACGCAAUCACGCGACCCGCUGAGAGACAACGCCACACACCGAAAGUGAUGGAAGAAUCUAUCGUACAACGCAUACGGUGUCAGAGGAUUAGGCAGGCUCAGGAUGAAGAGAAAUGGAUUGCGGAUCUGAAGAAGUGCCUGGACGGAGAAGUGAGUGCCUUGACAGCAGAAGAGGCGAUGGCAUGCUCGAAGAUAGCCGCGAAUUACGAAGUAGAUGAGAAUGGGCUACUCUUCUUUUGCCCUAAGACGCUGCAGCGAGACGAAGAUCGCGAUGGAGUCGUCAGGAUGGGGAUACCCGACUGCUUACAGCGAGACUUCCUUCACCAUUAUCAUGCCAGUCUAGAGGGCGGCCAUCAUGGCGUCGGAAGGACAUACCGGAGGAUCCAAGCGAACUUUCACUGGCGUGGGCUGUAUCGAAGUGUACAACGCUACGUGGGGGAAUGCACCGACUGCGAAACCGGGAAGGGAAAGCCAACGGGCCAGGGAGAAUCACCAGGAAAUAUCCAGGGUACAUAUCCCUUCCAGGUGAUCUCCAUGGACCACAUUCCAUCGUUGCCGAAGUCGAAACACCGAACUACUGAUUUAGGCCGACUUGUUCACCGGUUAAGUAAUAGCCAAGUUGGGCCGUCGAGAGAGGCGCAGGCAGUGGCUGAGAAUUACGAGGAAUGCGGCUUCCGUCGUUUCGGCGCAAGCGAAGUCAUCAGACAUGAUUGGGAGCCUGGCUUUAUGGACUUCUUCAGUGCCUUCAACCGGAUCGUGAAAAUGAGACAGAGCGCGGCAAUGGCGAACCGUCCACAAGGGAACGGCAAAGCCGAGCGAACGGUGCAAACCCUGACACGAGCCCUGAAGAUGUACGUUGCAGACGUCAACCAACAAGACUGGGACGACUAUGCAGAGCGACUGACAUUUGCGUUGAAUACGGCAUAUGAUCGAUCCAUGGAUGAGACCCGCGGUCGACAUUUGAAGCAGUUGUUUCGGAUCGACACACCGCCGCGAUUGCGAUGCACGGAGAUGGAGGGACAAUACCGCAGAGCCAGAGAAGCAGUCAACGAGAAUCUGCGCGAGGCGAUCAAGUCUAGGGCUGACCGACACAACGAAAACGUUAGACCUCACCGGAUAGAGGAAGGCACACUGGUAUGGCUUUACCUGGAUCGCGUAAAGGAAGGCUACGCCCGCAAGCUCGCACACAUGUGGCAUGGACCGUUUCGCGUGACCGAGCUGAUCGGCAAUCACGCAGCUCGUCUCGAGACCGCAGGCUCAGGGUAUCGAAUCUUCCCGAUAGUACACCUGUCGAAGUUGAAGCCAGUGCAAACAUUCCCAGAUCGACCAAAGGCCGUGCUGAACACCGAAGACGACGAUCGGGUACACAUCGACGAGGAACUGCUGCCUGACGAUAGCUGA